AUGGCGAACAACCGUUUAUUUGAGAGCACCAACACUCUAAGAGGUGAAAAUUUGCAACUGACAGUUGCAAUAGAGAAGCUAAAGUGUGAAGUUGUUGGCACCGGGACUGGUACUGGAGCAAAUGCAGCUCUGGAGGCGAGAUUAUUGGCACAAGCCGAGGAACUUACGAUGCUGCAUCGGAGACGGGGGGAACAUACUCAGCAGAUCGUCGAUUUGAAUAACAAGAUGCAGGAUAUGAUGAAGGAUCUCCAGAGCAAGGAGUCCAGCUUAGCAGAGAGUCUGGAAUUAAACGCAUCGCUGAGAGCUGAAUUGAAUACAUGUGUAAAUAGAGAACGUGAGCUAGCAGAAGCAAAUCAGAUGCUGAGAGACGAAUACCAAGCGCUGCAAUUAGCCUUUGCUUCGCUGGAGGAAAAAUUACGUAAAGCUCAGGAGGAAAACCGACAAUUAGUCGAGAGAUUAAUAAAAUGCAAGACCAAAGACGCCGAAAAAAUGAACGAGGAAAACGACAAUUUUCUAAAAGCAAUAAGUCCAGAGCGGACUAAUAUCAAGGAGGGAAUCCCGGGACUGCCUACUGCAGUACCAACAGACGUAGCCGUUAAAUUUAGUGCUCAUGAUGGUGAAGUUAGUGCUGUUAAAUGGUCUCCAGUUGACAGGAUAUUGGCUACUGGUGGUGCUGAUAGAAAAGUUAAACUUUGGGAUAUUUCAAAAGGAACAUUCGAGAGCAAAGGAAUGUUAAUAGGAAGCAACGCUAGUGUAAUGUCAGUGGAUUUCGACUCGACAGGUACUUUAAUCCUCGGAGCGUCGAACGACUUCGCCAGCCGAGUUUGGUCGGUGAAUGAUCUGCGUCUGAGGGUGAGUUUCUAAAAAAUAAUUAAAGAGAU